AUAAGCGUUCUUAUUAAAUUUUCAUUUCCUUCCGCCACCCGCGCUUCCUCAUCGACGGAUCGCGACCGUGGAUACCGUCUCUUCACCAUCGAAUUGACUUUGGUUCGCGUUCGCGCCAAACCGUUUUCGCUUCUACGCGUCUUUCGCCGAAGGGCGAAUUUCAGCGCGAGGAUACAAGGUACGCGGCGACCGAUCGAGAUCGCGCCGCCAACUUUCGAACGACUAGGAUAACGAGAACCGGAAUAAACACGUAACGCUGUCUCGAAACUCGUUCGAUUAGCCUCCGGUAAGAGAAAAAAAGAAGAAAAAGUGGCGCAGUCGCACACGAGAAGCAGCCACGAAGGUAGCGUAGGUGCACCAUAAAUAUGCACCAAACUAGUCGUUCGAUCUACGGAUCGACCUUGUUCCGGCUCGAACAUCCGCCGUCUCCUUCUUUUUAUCUCUUCAUUACUCUUGCUGGAGAUUUCGCGGUGAUAUCGUCGUUGCAAUUCAUCAGACGGCGAAGCGAUUAACCGAAAAGACAGAUACGAUCUCGCGAUUUGUCCGCUCACGUCAUUCGAGGCUAAAUCGAGCGGGAACAAGGAAAAGGAUUCGGUUUCCUUGCACUACGAGAAGAACGAAUCGUAUCCAACCGUUCUACGUCCUUCUCGUUGAAUAAUACAUGCCGCAACUCGUGCGUUUGCCUUCUUCUUCUCUCUGUAACAGUCGUGUCACAAACCGAACGGAUAAAACGCGCGUAGCUAAUAACAAACAAGCAACCAGGCGGAAACAAUUGAUCGACAGAGCGCAAACUACGCUGGAAUUCCAAUGAGUCGUUGCAUGAUUUCCCGGGCCAUUCGACCGCCCCGUUUGCCGAUUCUCCCCGGUGACCCUCGAUCGUCAUAGAACAAGGUUCAACAAUGUUUUUUCAUCGUCGAAGCUACCAAGUUUCGAAAGUUCCGAAGGUUGAUUUGCUAUAGGAUCGAUUAAGAAUUCUAUCCGUGCCACGAAGAACGAGGCCUGUGUACGGUGUUUUUCGUACCGGUCGAGCGUUGUAUCGCUCCUGGUUAUCACGAACUCAUGAAAGUAGAAAGUUUCGUUUCCCGAAACGACGCGUUACCGAGACUUCUGGCGAGACUUGCUACUUCAUAUGCACGUCGCGACGCGUUAAUUGAUCGACGCCAACGCGGUCGUCUACGCGUACCGGAGGUUAAUGCGUUCGUUUCGUUCGCACGCGAUUAAUAGCGAUGAUCGAGAAACCAGCGAGACGAAGUUUCCGAACGGAUUAACUUACACCGAAUAUCGUCCCUAGAAGAUCGCAGCAAUCGUGUACACCUUGACACGAAUCGUGCGAAAGUUCGUGGAAAGGAAAGAUCGCGUCGCGGGUCAACACUCGAUCCUCGAUCAUCCGCUGCGCGAGUUCGCGUUUACUCGGCACGCUUGAAACCGAAAAAGCUUUCGUGCCGUGACUGGAACGAUCGUGGGUGGCGUAGCUUAGCUCGCUCAGUUCCUCAGCCAAGGCGGACGUUAUUUUCCACUUUGUCAAGUGAAUAAUGCGUUUAGGGGCCUGUCGCGCGUUUCCUGUUGACUCGCACCGAUACCGAGCAGCAGUCUAGCCAAACCAAACCGACCGGUAGAAUCGUGGGCAUCGAGGCCGUGCCAGCAAGGUACGUCAUCGAAUUCGUUUACUCGAAACUCGAAACCCGUUCGCAAAAAUCGAACGGGUUCCUGCAGCGUUCAAACGAACAGAUCGGUAAACGCGGACCUCUUUUUUACCGUUCGAGUAUCGGCAAGAUUCCUCUCGCGUUUGUCGAUCGAGAUGGCUCUUCGAUCGAUCAUGGAUCACCGACCAUCGGUAAUAAAACCAUCGUCGUAAUCGUCGAUAAAACGAGAUCUGUUUUGUUUGCACUCCUCGAACUCGUGAAGAUUAUGCAAUCGAACGAUUAACGACGCGAUAUCGUGAAUCGCGGUUCAAGUGAUUUCUCGAAUCGCAAAAAAUACGCUCGGUCAUGAUUCUUGGAUAAUAACAGUGCGGCGUUUACGCAAUCUCGGUGAAAUCCACUGCUUCGUCACGAGAGGGAUUAAACGCGAAUACCCUCGCGUCGUAUCGAUCAUCGAUCGCUGGUAAUCGUUCGAUCUCGCUAACGCACCUGCACGUGCACAGACGCACAUGAUUUUUGGCAACCGAAAUCUUUCCUAUUACUAUUAUUAGCGUAUCGCGUAUUUCUAUUUUUGUUCGCGAUUCGGCGCCACGGUUAACGCGAUAAUUUGCGCGUUCUACCGCCGCGCUUAUUAACAAAAUGGAUACCAAUAAACGCGUAGACGAGCGGAGAAAAACGAAGAACAAAAAGGACAAAUCGUGUCAGGACGGGGAAAAGGAGGGAAGGGUAUUCGUUCGGAAAACAACGUCGGUGGAAUUUCAUUCCACCGAUGUUGCAGCAUCGUUGCGACCUUGCAAUUAAUCACGAAACGAGUCUCUCGUUAAACAUACGAGUGACACGAUUCUGCUCGCGACGAAUGACGUUUCAUGGUACGGUUCCUGUCGAGGAAACGAGACAAAUCAGUCGGUGCGACGAAGAAGUGAAAAAGGAAUCCGCGUCGCCCGAAAUAAUCGUAUUUUUCUUUCGCGACGCUCGUAAUAGAGGCCGUGACGGCAUCGCGAUUACGCGAUUUCUAUCCGUGGGACGUCGCCGCGUGAAAAGAUAACGGGUCUGGAAGAAUUUCGUAUCGCGCGUUAUCUCUCUGAUCGAACCGGAUGGUCGAGAUAAGCGUAAAAUCGUGGAAAGUUGGUAGUUGGUACAGAGCGUAUAGCGAAUUUUAGUUACGUAAUUUUCAAAGAUAUUUUUGAACGGAACUCGUCUCGGCCAACCUCGGAAAGUCCGCGGAUGGCAGCGACCAGGUCGAGACUCGAAAAGAAAGAAAAGGAAACUCGAGAAAAUUCCGCGCGAAAUUGUCCAGCGAUCGAAAGAGUAGCAUCGCGGUUUGUUGCAUUUCGACGGAUCGUACCAAUUGAAAUUGUAGCGCCAAAAGGAACGUGGGUUGGCGCGCGACCUUCCUAUUGGCGGAAUCGGAGCAAAGUAGUUAGAUGGCAACAGAUGGCGCGCGUGCGCCCAACCGGAGAGGAGGAUUGGCGAAACUCGGGCGACGAUUGGUCAAAGGGUUCCGGUCGAACGAGCGGUUCGUUUCGUCGCUAGGUUCCCCACCCCGCCCCCCGGCAGCCCGCUGCACGCCGGCCAAACUAACGCGAGCGAGAAAGAGACAAAGAGACAGGUGCGUGCUCGCUUCCGAACACGGUUCCGUUGUUAAUCAUCGUUAUCGGUGUGCACAUGAAACCGUCAACCGAUUCGCCGCUGCGAGAGACCGAUGUUAUUGGCGUACAGUGAGUGGUUGCUCGUUCCUAAAGACGUAUCUCGACGGAGUGUCGUCGUCGCCGUCGUCGUCGCUGUCGACUUCAUCCUCGUCGUCUUCGCCUUCUCGCUCGUUUCCUCGUCUCGGCCUAGUGUCGCGCCGUUUCGUUCGACGGAAACGUGAUUUUUCUGUAAGAGUUUCGUAAGAAUCGAGAUUAUUUUCUAUCUCGUCGCAAGCCAAGCUCGCUAAGUCGCGUACUCAGUCUCGUUCACGCGCCUUUUUGCUGUUAUUUCACAAUCUCGACGCAAGCGGAGACAACUAACUGUCUCGUACUCGGUACUCGUACUCGUACUCGUGUUUGCUUUCGUGUGAUCGCGUGUGCGUCGAACCGUCGAACGCGUGUCGGGCGUGCGAUGAACGGCAACGAUAGAGUGCAGGCUGAGAACAGAGGACGAAAUGGCCACGUGUUGGUAUGGGAGCAACCCGGACUGGAAGAGGAGGACAGGCCUGCGCGAAAACGAAAAUCAUGGGUGGGGUCGCGUCACAUAGUGACGCUGAUGCUGUUCCUCGGUAUGGCGAACGCCUACGUGAUGAGGACCAACAUGUCCGUGGCGAUCGUAGCGAUGGUCAAUCACACGGCCAUUACCGAAGACAACAAGGACGUAACGUCCUCCAACGAGUGCGGCAUCGUAUUCGAUAACGCGACCGGUCCCGAUCACGAUCCGAGUAGCGACGGUGAGUUUGUAUGGGACAGCACGCAGCAAGGAUUUCUGCUGAGUUCCUUCUUCUACGGUUACGUGAUCACCCAGAUACCAUUCGGUAUACUCGCGAAACGUUACGGAUCGAAAUAUUUCCUCGGUGUCGGGAUGCUGAUCAACUCGGUGUUUGGACUACUGGUACCAGCGUCCGCGCGUGCCGGACUCUACUAUCUAAUGGUCGUACGAUUCAUCCAAGGAUUGGGCGAGGGUCCGAUUGUGCCUUGCACGCACGCAUUGUUGGCCAAGUGGAUACCGCCGAACGAACGCAGCAGGAUGGGAGCCUUCGUGUACGCCGGUGCACAGUUUGGUACCGUGAUCUCGAUGCCGCUGAGCGGUAUUCUGUCUGAGUACGGUUUCGACGAUGGCUGGCCAUCGAUCUUUUACGUGUUCGGAGCUGUUGGAACCAUAUGGUGCAUCGCCUUCUUGAUCUUCAUAUACGAAGAUCCGGAAACUCAUCCUCAUAUCGCGGAGGAUGAGAAAAAGUAUAUACUUAGCGCUUUGUGGGGCAACGCCGGAGCCUCCUCACCCCCUGUACCAUGGUGGUCGAUCGUCACCUCUUUACCCUUCUGGGCCAUCCUGAUCGCGCACAUGGGUCAAAACUACGGAUACGAGACGCUGAUGACCUUGUUACCGACGUUCAUGAAGCAAAUCUUACACUUUGAUAUUAAAUCGAACGGUACCGUUUCCGCCCUUCCAUACUUGGCCAUGUGGAUAUUUUCCAUGGUGAUCUCUCACGUGGCCGACUGGAUGAUCUCCAGUGGGAGAUUCAAUCAUACGAUCACGCGAAAAAUCAUCAACAGCGUCGGUCAGUUCGGACCAGCGAUCGCGUUGGUAGCCGCUUCCUAUACCGGCUGCGACGCCUGGUUGACCGUUAGCCUAUUAACGAUAGGCUUAGGCUUGAACGGUGGUAUCUAUUCGGGAUUCAAGGUGAAUCACCUGGAUAUCUCGCCGAAAUUCGCCGGGGUUUUGAUGUCUUUCACCAAUUGCCUGGCCAAUCUGGCCGGUCUGCUCGCGCCUAUUAUCGCCGGAUACAUACUCGUUGGAACGGUGACGCAUGCCAAGUGGCGUAUCGUCUUCCUCCUUGCAGCGGGCGUAUAUAUCGUUUGCGCGAUUUUCUAUAUAUUAUUUGGCUCUGGAGAACGGCAAACUUGGGACAAUCCAGAGAAGGAGGAAGAGAGGCAAGAGAAGCAAGUUUUGGACAGCGUUAAAACCGUAGACGAAUCGCGACAUUGACCCGUACCGUUACACGGCGAGUUUUGCUUUAUAGAACCUACCUCGCCGCGUCCAUCCCGAAUCAAACGCUUUCUCGAAUCACGCGAUACGAAUACCCUUCUUCUAGCCGAACUAUUUCGGCGGUCGCCACGUUCUCCUCCCUCGAACGCUUCGUUUCCGCAUGUUUCAUCGCGGACAAUUCGGUUUAGUUGAACGUUCGUCGAUCGUCCUUGAUAAAAGCUCCAAAUUUCACGCGACGAAACGUAAGAGAACGGGAGAGCGUGACGGUUGACGAACGGUUGUCUAUCUUUUCUUUUCCGAGGGAAAAAGUACGUCAGACAGAAGAAGUCGGUCGCGACUUAUCAGAGCCCAAAGGGAUAAUAUGGACAAACGAAAUUCUUCCGGCCACGGGAAAUCAUAAAUUCACGGUUCGCUGUUCGUUCGUGUGCCAACUUUAAAUCGUACGCAAAUAUUUGUAGAACAAGUAAGUCGAAUGGAACGUUACGUUUCUAUUUGUUCUACCAAUAAAACAAACGCGCUAGUGUGUGCAUGGUAAGAGAGAUAGGGAGGGAGAGUAUGAUACAGAGAGAGAUACAGAGUGCGUGUAUGUGAGAGAGAGAGAAGAAAAUUUUACAUUUUUAUAGCACCUCCUUUUUUUCAUUUAACGAACAUUAAGUGCCUUACGAUCGAGAAACGAGAAUGAAGAUAACAUCGAAGCGUUCUCGAAUCGAAUCGAGCCGCUUCGAUCCGUCUUUUUCAAUAACGCGUGAGCUUCAACGAUCGAUCGAAUGGUAAAAGACCAUCGUUAGAACCUCGAUCCGACUUCUGAAAGCGCGCACGCAUACACGCCCGCUCGCCAAACAUCGAGAGUAUAUCGCGUGUUUGCUUGAGCGCGAAGGAACGGAUGGACAUGGCAACAGUAUUAAAAUAAAUAUCCUCGCGUUUGACUUCGUUUAUUUCUUCGUAUCGUACCGUGUUUUAUCACAAGCAACUGCCAUUUUGUAUUGUACGACUGAUACCGAUCGCGAGAAAGACAAGAAGAAAGAGUAACUCGUUCACCAGCACCGUUGCGAGGAACACGGGUGCAAUACAACAAUGGUUCUACACAUGUUACAUAGAUGUAUAUUUGUACGCGUUAAUUUCUACCAAGCUGUAGUCGUUCAAAAAGAAAAAGAAACUAUCGCUUUCAUUUAUUUAUGUGAAACUGUACAAAACAAAUAAGCAAAAGAAUAGAAAGUAUCGUCGGGUAUGCUAGACGGAGAGAUACCGUUCGAAAGAAAAAAAUUCGUUUGCACAGUAGAAUGCAUUUUCUUUUCUUUUCUUUUUCUUUUUUAAUUAUUGUUGUUAUUAUUACUAUUAUUACUGCUAUUAUUGUUGGUAUUAUUAUUACUAUUACUAUUACUAAUAUUAUUAUAAUCAUCAUCGUCAUCAUUUUCAUUAUAGAUCAUCACAAUUAUAGUCAUAGUCAUUAUCGCCAUAUUCGUUAUGAAUUUAAUACGUAUCGAGUAUGCGCCAAAAGCGUCGCCGAAAUGCGAUUCAAUGUAAAAACAGGACACUCUGAAAACGCUCAAAAUUUACGUCUCUUUAUAUCGUGUUGAUUUCUUUUCUUUUCUUUUCUUUUUGAUAGCGUUACGCAGGUCGACGUUAACGCGUGUACCUUGCGUCUAAUGAUAAGUCCUGUGCGUAACGCUUAGCCCGCAAUAAAGGUCGAAUGUGGGUACUUUCCAAAGUAUGAAUUACCUUCCGUUUGUUAUCGCGUACGUAUAUUUUAAUUUGCUCUAUUUGCGAACGUAACGUCACCACACGCGCGACUCUACAAAUUCGAACCGUCGCGGAUCGAUUCAAUGUACCUGUCAUUUCCUGUGAUCAUUUACCUAAAAAUAUGCCUUCAACUACCUUUCUCAAAGUUAUCGUUUGCUCCGAAAAAUAAUAAUCAGCUCGUAGUUCUGAUCAUUCUUCGGCAAUUUAAUACAUACAAUUUGUUAUUCGUUUUCAAAGUUUUCUCGUAUACACCAAAAUUCAUAUUUAACAUUCGGUUUCACGCUAUGCGGUAAAACUCUUCAGAUUCGUUUCUAUAAUUAUUAUUAUACAUAUAUAAAUAUAUGUAUAUAUUCGUGCAUAAAUUGUUAUAAGUGAAACACGUGUAUGCUUGAAUUAGCGUUACCGACGAUCGUAAUGUAAAUUGCACUUCCAAAUUGUACGAAAUCCCUAUUGAAAAUCUGUAAAACAACCGAUUAAACUUUGAGAUUGAUAUUUUUUUUUACAGAACUAUUAAUAACUGUUGCCUGCAAAAUGAUGAUGCAAUCUUUUCCAAUCGUAAGAGAUUCUAGAUACAUACAUACAUACAUACAACAUACAUAUUUUCAUCUUUGGAUGUGUGAAAUGUAUGUACACGUGCGGAUAAAUAAAGCGUCGCUCAAACUGUCAACAA